UCCCUUGGACACAACGGAUCGCCGAGCAACGGAAAGAGCCGAAGAUGUCGGCUCGGUCAUGUGAUCAGCUGUGUCCAAUCACAGCUGAUUGCAUGUAAAUGCCAGUUAUCAGCAUUUCUCUCCUCACGAGCUCCCCAGCAAUGCCACCUAUCACUGUCCAUCAAUGCCACCUGCCAGUGCCCAUCAGUGCCACAUAUCCGUGCCUACCAGUGCACAUCAAUGCCACAUAUCAGUGCCUAUCUGAGCUGCCUGUCAGUGCCACCCAUCAAUGCCAGUCAGUGCUGCCUAUCAAUACCAGUCAGUGCCACAUAUUAGUGCUGCCUAACAGUGCCGCCUGUCAGUGCCACCUAUCAGUG